UCAUUUUUGUUGCCACAUGGUAAACCGGAUAGGGAGUGCAACGUGGUAUCAGUCGAAGUCCGAAGUUAUUUUUCUUAUUCGACAAUUCAUGCCACCCAACAAUAACUAGCCGACAUGACUGAAAGUAAAGGAGAAGCGAGCUCUCAGCCUGAGAAACAGCUUCUGUCGUUGAAUCCUGAGGAAGAAAGAGAGUUUAAAGAGAAGGUAAAGGAGGUGAAGAAAUCCAACAAGGGGAACCGUUUGACACCUGGGGUGAUUUAUGUUGGUCACUUGCCUCUUGGACUCUUUGAGCCCCAGCUCAAAGCCUACUUUAAACAGUUUGGGACGGUUUCACGGCUACGGCUAUCAAGGAGUAAAAAGACAGGAGGAAGCAAAGGCUACGCAUUUGUGGAGUAUACCUGUGACGAAGUAGCCAAGAUUGUAGCCGAGACCAUGAACAAUUACCUGAUGGGAGAAAGACUCAUUAAAUGUCAUGUAGUUCCACCAGAAAAAUGCCAUGACAAGCUGUUUGUUGGCUCCGAGAGGACCUUUAGAAAAUCCUCCAAGCCAGCUGUCGCCCGCUACAACCAGGAGCGCACAAGUGAGCAAGUGGCCAAAAUGACUGAAAAGCUCCUGCACAAAGAGAGGAACCUCCGCAAGAGGCUUGCAGCACAAGGCAUUGACUAUGACUUCCCCGGAUUUUCAACCCAUGUACCCCAGAAGAAGAAGGCUGAUUCCUUGAAUGAGUCUGCGGCUAGCGAUGACACCACACCAAUGUGCACCCCUUCUUUCCUGGAGAGAAGGAAGUCCAUGGUCAAUGAUAAUGAUGAUGAGAUUGUCAUCAAGAUGCCAUCUGUAGAGCAGGAUAAUGAGUGCUCCUCGGAGGAGGAGGAGGAAGAACAAGAGGAGGUGAAGGAGAAUGGCGAUUCUGAGUGAGGAACCCUGCAGAGCUGUGGAGGUGGCUAUACAGAGGAUCUUGUUUUCUUGUGGACUUCUUUCACUGGGUUUCAGAGCUCAGAGACUUUUAAUGUACGGUGGAUGGUGUUCAUGUGUGAAUAUCAUUAAUUCGAAUAUCGCAUCACUCUUUUUAAAAAAAAAAAGAAGAUAAUUUCCUAAUUGUUCUGAAUUAUGUUUCCAAAAAAUGAGCUAGGUAUUUCUGAUAAGAUCAUAUUGCAGUUCACCUACGAAGUUCCAGUAAGUGGGGUUUGGACACAACCCCCUGUAUAAAAUGUUUCAAAUAAAUGUUAUUGUGGUUUUUAAUCAUGUUGCACA